AUGGCGCAGGAGAGGGAGGCGCUGUUCCUGCUGACGUUCGCGGACGGGACGGAGGGCUCCGCCGACGCCCGGGACGCGGCGGCCGUGCUGCGCGGGUACGCCGUCCCGGCCCCCGCCAUCCGCUCCAGCCGCGUCUUCGACAUGGUCGUCGAGUACGUCGAGAAGCACAACGCCCACCGCAGCGGCGAAGCCGUGGAUCACGACAUCGACGACUGGGACCGCCGCUUCAUCGCCCGGGCAGCAGGCGACACCGACGCCCUCCACGACCUCUUCCUGGCGUCGGAGGAGCUGUUGGAGUACGAGCUGAUGGACCUGUGUGCGCAGACGACGGCGGACAUGAUCAGGGGCGGCACCGUGGAGGAGAUCAAGACCCUGCUCGGCAUCGUGGGAAUCACGCCGGAGCAGGACCUGCUGGCGCAGCACGACCACGACCGCCUCCUCCGCAUCAUCCGCUAGC